AUGACCUACGAAGUUCGGGUGAUGUCCAUGGCGAGCAAUUCCCUGUGCGCUGUGGCGGCGGAAAGCGAGUGGCAGGGUCGCGAUCUCAAGGACGCCAUCUCCACGAGCACCAAAGUGCCGGUUCGCAAGAUGAAGCUUCUUUUCGGCACGACCCUGAUACGAGCCACAGACAAGCUCGCCAACAUCUUCGGAGAGAGCAUGGAAGUGGAGGUGUUGCUGGUUAGACAGGAAGUGGACUUUGACUACUGGCUGGACGAGAUCAGUAGAGACUACCGGCGGCUUCGGAAGGCGCCGGAGGAGAUCAGGGCCGACCAGCAGGUGGUGCUGGCGGCCAUUGAACAAGAUGCGGAGGCGAUCAAGUUCGCCUCCGAAAGCAUCAAAGCUAACAGAGAAUGCGCGCUGGAAGCGCUGAAGAAGAAUUGGCGCCUUUAUUCCUUCCUGGACUUGAACCUGUGGGAAGAUCGAGAUGUGGUCAUGCUUUUCGUGCCGCACGUGCCAUCCGUUUAUGCCAAGCUCUCGUCAGAGAUGAAGAGUGACCGUGGGCCGGGGGCCUCGUCGGUGGCUUUUGUGUAA